AUGGUGCUUAAAGUCCUUGCAGUGGCAGUCAAUGCCAUGCUCCCAUCCAAAUACUACGUGCACGCGUUCAUUUCAAUCCUUGUCAUUGUAGUGGUUCGCGCAUUUGCACGAGGGCGCACAACGAACCGUGAACGGGACAUGCAUGCCAGGGUAGUCCUCCUUACAGGAGGGUUCACUCCGUUAGGCCUAACGCUCAUGCAGAACCUUGCUCAGCGAGGCGUACAUAUCAUUGCUCUUUCUCCCAAGCCAGUCCAAGACUCUGAAGUAGAAAUUCUCAUAAAUCUCUUGCGAUCGACCACCAAGAACGACCAGAUAUUCGCAGACGAGUGUGAUCUGACAUCUGCUUCUUCCGUCCGUUCUUUUUGCUCCCGUUUCCUUACAGCAAAGGAGACUAGACUAGAUGCUAUCAUAUUUGCACACGAGUACCAGCAGCUAGGCUCCAUGAUCGAUCGCCAGAAUUCCGUUGUACUAACCCAGGAAAGACAAAACGCUUCAUUAGCAUCAUUCUUAAUUCUCACUCUUCUACUUCCCGUCCUCCUUGUUGCGCCCGCCGAACGCGACAUACGCAUCAUCAACGUCGUGAACCCUUUCUACGCAGCCGCCGCACCCUCUUUUUCCCCAACGUCCAAGCCAUCUCCAUCAUCCUCUCUCUUUCACCAAGAAGGCUGGCGCUCCCUUCAGAUGGUCAUUUUUACCCGCCACCUCCAGCGUGUCCUCGAUGCACUACCAUCUGGAGGGCAAGUACCGAAGACAGACGACUCCACUAUCCACGUUGUCAGCGACAAGUUGCAAAAGUCCAACAUUGUCGCCGUAUCCGUAUGUCCCGGACUCUCUAGAUCAGAUACCAUCGCACCGCUGUUGAAUGCAGUUCGUGGACCGAAUCAAUCCACAUUUGGCAUUGCUCUGUACAUACUCCUUCAACCGUUCCUUCGCCUUCUCACAAAAUCCACGACAUCUGCUAUGCAGUCCGUCCUACAUGUACUUUUUCUCCCAACACCUUUUAAGAGCAAUGCCCGCCAAGGCACAAAUGAUCCAGAAGAAGUGCUCAAGGCAGGCGCACUCUACCGCGAGUGUGCGGUUGUUAACUUGCGGAUACCAAGCCCUGCAAUGGCUGACGCUGACGAUGCGCAGGUACCGGACGAUGGGGAAUUGGGGGGCGUGCAUCUUGGUCAAGCAGUGUGGGAGGGCCUCGAGGGUGCGUUGAAGGAGUGGGAGAAAGUGGGCCUGCAAGGCGAUGAGAAGGCUAGGUGUGAUGAUGGUCUGUCGGUUGAUACCCCGAGCAGUUAGAGGUGGGUGAAUUUGGUUGGUUGGUCUAAGACGAUGCUGAUCAUGGAUGGAUGUAGGAUGCGGACUUGUGUAUAUUAGAUUAGGGGGAAUACCAUCUUACUUGGAUAUCAUCGCUCCAUCUUUAUGGAAUAUCCUGUAUUCGGGAAUAUUUACUACUGCUGCGGCAUCACUCCCUGCUAUGGCUCACAUAAUCAAAUUUGUACAACACGAUACCUCGUGAGUUAUCUAUGCUCCCUGUGUUUCGUGGAGUGAUAUGUUCUGGUUAAUGCACAUGCGUGUGCAUAGUGGAGCGUAGAUGCACCAGGAAGUUGCUAGCCAGUACUCAGAGUUGGGCGAAAGGGAAAGUCAAGCCAUUCAUCAAUCUGAGCCUCGAGUACCUUGUU